UUACCAUCCUACCGGAAUCAUACAAAGUCAAGCAAUUGGAUAGACCCUCCUUGGAGGAAAUACUAGCACAAAACCAGGAGGGAGCAGGAAAGAUGAAGACUCUGCCACUGCUGAUAUGUGUCUGUGCUCUGAGCACUUGCUUCCAGUUCAGCGAAGGUGAAAGAGAUAGUCACUACCUAUAUUACAAAAAGAAACUUCACCAUCGACCUAAACCUGUCAAGUCACAUCAUUCUGGAUUACCAAUUCAGCAGAAUCCAUGGCAAAAACGACCUCUACGCCCACCCUUUAGGCCUAAGCCUCCACACAUUACGCCUAAACCUCCGCAUCCACCUCCUCUAUUUCCAGAUCACCUCCAGACAACUAAUACUCCAGUUAAAAGUACCACUGUGGUCAACAAUAAUACUCCAGAGACUACUACACAAAGUCUGGUUUUGGUCACCACAUCUGCUGCCAACAGCCCUAUUGCUCAGAAUUCUCCCACCACAGCCUCUUCUGAAACUACAUCAACACCACUUCCUUCUUCAGUCCCACCAGAGACCACCACUGCCCAAACUCCAUCUCCCCCAACUACAGUAGCAUCCCAACCUUCUCCAGCCACACCAGAGACCACAACCUCACAAACUACACCUCCCCCAACUACAGUAGCAUCACAACCUUCUCCAGCCACACCAGAGACCACACCUUCACAAAGUACAUCUCCCCCAACUGCAGCAACACCACAACCUUCUUCAGCCCCACCAGAAGCUACAGCUGUCCCAACCCCUGAAACCACAACUGAUCCCAUAGCUACAACACCUACGCCAACCACUAACCCAACUACACCUUCCCUACAGGAUAUAUUUGAGCAAUUUGCCAGACAGGCUCUAAUUCGCCUUAUUCAGCUUCUUAACAGUCAGUAGUAUAUCAUACAUUAUGGAGGAUUCUGCCAUCCAUGUAAUGUAUGAGGGCAGAGCUACCAUCUUUACUUUGACCACAAAUAUCAAACUGAAAUAUUACUCAGGUUGAAAGUACUCUCAUUAGUCUUUGAAUCAAACUGUUCACCUCACAUGAUCAAUUAACACAACCAAUCACCUCUAUGCCACAACAAGUAUGUGUCUGUGAUCAAGAUCUCUGUUUGGAACACACAAAGUAGUUCAUUGAAGGGACAAAAAGUCAUUAGAUAAAGAAACACUGCAUGGCUCAUCAACCAUUUACCCUAAAUGUUGGAGAAUACAAGGUCAUGACCCUAUAUUUAAGCACAAACCCACUGGAGUCAGCUAAUCCUAUGAACUUGGGGAGAAAAAACUGGAUUUCUUCAUGUGAGCAAAAACAGCAGACCAUAUAUCAAAAUUAGGUAGAUUGAUGCAUCCAUCUUCCUAUCUCUUUAUAUUCAUCUAUUUAUAGACAGAAUCAUUAUAUUGCUGAUCAAUAACAAAAACCUUUACAUAACUAUCUUAAAUUCAAAUGAAAUUCCAUUCCACAAAAUGUGAGCCAAGAAAAGGAAAAAAUAAAAAUAAGUAAAAAUGAAAUCUCUGGCAGCUACUCGCAAACCAAGACUCUGACAGUACAUUACUCAGAGCAUGUAAUUGUUUAAAAUUUAUGGUUGGUGUCUACUGUAUUACAUCUAAGUUAAUUUUUAUAUACUGUACUAGAUUCUAGCCUCUGUGAACAACAGAAAGACUUUUCCUAUGUAUGCAUUUUAUUACUAGAUCAAUUAAUUUACAUGAAUUAAGUCACUGUAAAGUAUAUACCAUAGUGGAAUAUUUUCAAAAAAUGUUUGUCAUAUAUUUGAUUAGUCAUAUAUUGCAAAGCAAACCAUACUAAUUUAACCAUUCAAAUAUCAAGUUGGUAAAACUGUCUAUGAAAAUAAACCCUGGCUUUAAUUGGUAGAAGGAUAAAUAUUAUCUAGUUGGUAUAUAGAGAUGUUAACUUGAAAAGUGAAGUUAUUUUAUUCUUGUCACUACUAUUAAAAAAUCUGGUGAUUAUAUUUUGAUUUUUUCACUAAUAAAGACUUCAAAUGGCAA